ACUACUUUGCAUUUUAAUUAAAAAAGCACUUCCGCUUUGCAAUUUUGAUCAGUUUGAAAUAAUAUUUAUAAUUUGCUUUCUUUCCUUAAUUAUCUCUUAAACUGGAUCUUUAUGAAGAUUUGGCCUUUUCUGACUGGUUAAAAACAUGAGAGCUGGAGCUGUGCAUAAGUCAUAACGUAAUUCUGAAUGCUGAUAGCUAGUUUUUUGUUCUGCUUUGCUGACAUUUUCCUUCAUCUAAGCCUACCGAUUCUUCUCUAACAGUUUGUUUCUGCUGCAAUCCGAUCUUCUUCUUCCCUCUCUUUUCAUUCUUUUAUUUGUGAUCUGGACGUCGGUCUCUUAAGGAAGAGCCUUUCAGAACCUCUAGCAGUUUAGUCUUCCCCUUCGUCCUCCUUCCUCUGCUUCCAGUUUCCAAUUCUCUUAGUUGUGAAAAUGAAUGAUCUUCUCAAGGUAGAACCUUUGGUUUUUCGCUUUGUUUAUAGUUAUACUUGUUUGAAGCUACUAUGUAAUGGCAUGUUCGUGAUGCUUUAAUAUCUGAUUAGUUUGAUGAAGUUACUCUCAGAAUAUGAUAUGAUUUAAUGUAAAACUAAAGAAUAUGGCUGGUUUGCGACUGCCAAAAGAGCCUGUCACUGGAUUUACGAUAAGCCUUUUUUUAUCUGUCGCAAACUAAUUUUAAACUGUUAAGGGUCACUUGCUCUGUUCCGACAGUUUUCGGGCUUAGAGCAUCUCCAACCGAUUGCCAAACAUCCGUGUGUCGUCGUUCCAUCGUCAAAUCUUCCGCUAUUGCUUGCGGGUUUGCCAAAGAAGAGCUCCAAAGAGGAGAAAGACGGUUACCUUUGCAGAAGCGCGCAAAUUGGAGUUCGAUUGGAGAUGAAUCAUUAGAUUUUUUAUUUUCACUACAUUUUGGUGUGAAAAAUGGGAUUUUCGCUUGGAGAUGCUCUUAAGCCGUUGCAAAGCUGAAGUUACAGAGACUGCAGACUUUUAAUGAGAUUUGAAAACCUCACCUGAGAAAUUAUUUUCUAAUCUUUCAUGAUAUUGCUUCACUUUGCAGGACUCUUUUGUUUCUGGCACAGAGAAGCAAGACAGGUCUCCAAGGGAAAGAGACAUAGAGUUGGGAUUUCCAAUACAAAGCUUAAGAACAGAUUAUGGAAUGGAAGAAUUUUUCAAACAGGUAAAAGAAGUUGAGGAGCUUAUGAUAAAGCUCUCUGAUAACCUCAAGAAGCUCCAGGAAGCCAAUGAGGAAGCCAAGGCUGUUACUAAGGCCUCUGCAAUGAAAGAUUUUAAGAAAAGGAUGGAUAAGGACAUGGAUAAAGUGGGAAUAGUUGCACGUGCCAUCAAAAUGAAAUUAGAAGAAAUAGAUCGUGAUAACUUGGAGAACAGAAAGAAUUCUGGUUGCGGAAAGGGUACGGCUGUCGACAGAUCAAGAACAGCCAUGACUGUUUCCUUAAAGAAGAAAUUGAGGGAUAAAGUGAACGAUUUUCAGAAUCUGAGACAAACUAUACAAGAGGAAUACAGGGAAAUUGUACAGAGAAGAUUUUUUACAGUCACAGGGACCACUCCAACUGAGGAGAUGAUCGACGAACUGAUCGAGACCGGUGAUAGCGAGAAAAUCUUUCAAAAGGCGAUUCAAGAUAUGGGAAGGGGGCAGGUUAUUGAUACCUUGGAAGAGAUUCAAGAAAGGCAUGAUGCAGUGAAGGAGAUUGAGAAGAAACUGCUCGAACUGCAUCAAGUUUUCAUGGACAUGGCAGUGCUAGUUGAAGCACAAGGAGAGAUGUUGGAUAAUAUUGAAACGCAGGUAGCAAAUGCAGUGAACCAUGUACAGAACGGAACAGAGGCCCUUCAAACUGCAAAGAGCUUGCAAAAGAAAUCAAGAAAAUGCAUGCUCAUUGCAAUAGUUUUGCUCCUGAUUAUUGCCAUUGUCAUUGUUCUCGGGAUCCUUAAACCUUGGAAGAAAUGAAAAAUAUGAACAUUCUUUCACUGUUAUCAUUCUUAUACAGGAAUCAUUCACAGGAUGUACAUUUGUUUAUCACUCGUUGGCACAGCUUGCUGAACUCCUAUAGUUCAUAUCUCUUUUUCAUUGAUUUGCAGCUUUGAGGUGGGUAAAAUAGUCAGAUCAUUAGCUACCAAUGAUACCUCAUUUUUACUUACCUUGGUUGUAUAAUAUUCUUCCCAUGUAUGCUGUAAAAGGAACAGAGACUUCUAUUUUUUAUUUUAUGUAUCAUUGCCUAAUAUUUUUUUUUUC